UCAGUCGACAGCCUCGAAGUUUAACUUCACGGCUCAAACAUACUGCAGCAUUCGGAGCCUGAGUUUAGUUCCUGUGCCGAUCCACUUUUAGACAAAGCUACAGUAUGGACAGAGCAACCAGGUCCUGAGGAGAAUCCGUGCGUUCCUGCUUGGAAGGCAUCUGGGAUCCUAUUGUUUAUUUGGAAUUUGUCUUACUGCAAAAACAACAACGUUUUACUGUUUUUAGUACUAGACGACUACUGAGACAGCCCCUGUUCAAUACGGAAUACAAGGAUAUAUUGUUACUGUCUGGGGAAGGAGAGAAAAUGGGGAGUCGGGGCCAUUACCGGUACCACUGGCAGAGCCACAAUGUCAAGCAGAGUGGAGUGGACGACAUGGUGCUCCUCUCCAAGAUCAACGAGGAUGCCAUUGUGGACAACCUCAAGAAGAGAUACAUGGACGACUACAUCUUUACUUACAUUGGCCCUGUGCUCAUCUCUGUUAACCCGUUCAAGCAGAUGCCAUACUUUGGGGACAAGGAAGUGGAGAUGUAUCAGGGCGCGGCCCAGUAUGAGAACCCUCCUCACAUCUACGCCCUGGCAGACAACAUGUACAGAAACAUGAUGAUCGACAGGGAGAACCAGUGUGUCAUCAUCAGUGGAGAGAGUGGUGCAGGGAAGACUGUAGCAGCCAAAUACAUCAUGGGCUACAUCUCCAGAGUAUCCGGAGGAGGACCCAAAGUGCAGCACGUCAAAGACAUCAUCCUCCAGUCCAACCCUCUCCUGGAGGCCUUCGGGAACGCCAAGACAGUGAGGAACAACAACUCCAGCAGAUUUGGGAAAUACUUUGAGAUCCAGUUCAGCUCCGGCGGCGAGCCAGAUGGAGGGAAAAUCUCCAACUUCCUGUUGGAGAAAUCACGCGUCGUCAUGAGGAAUCCUGGAGAGAGGAGCUUCCAUAUAUUCUAUCAGUUGAUAGAGGGAGCCACUGGAGAACAGAAGAGCAGCCUCGGAAUCACAAGCCUAGAUUACUACAAUUACCUCAAUCAGUCUGGAUCCUACAAAGUGGAUGACAUCAACGACAAAAGCGAUUUUCAGGAAACUAUGCAUGCCAUGGAGGUGAUUGGCAUCUCAGGGGAGGACCGUGGGCUGGUGCUGCAGAUUGUAGCCGGAGUGCUGCACCUUGGGAACAUCAACUUCAGGGAAGCAGGGAACUACGCCGCCGUUGAGAGCGAGGAGUUCCUGGCCUUCCCUGCUUUUCUGCUGGGGAUUGACCAGAAGCGGCUGAAGGAGAAGUUGACCAGCAGGAAGAUGGACAGCAAGUGGGGCAGUUCUAUGGAGUCCAUCGAUGUGACACUGAAUGUGGAGCAGGCGUGUUACACACGGGACGCCCUGUCCAAGGCCCUGCACUCACGUGUUUUUGACUUCCUAGUAGAGUCCAUCAACAAAGCCAUCGUGAAGGUUCAUCAAGAGUUUAAUAUUGGCGUGUUGGAUAUCUAUGGAUUUGAAAUAUUCCAAAAAAAUGGCUUUGAGCAGUUCUGCAUCAACUUUGUGAAUGAGAAACUGCAGCAGAUCUUCAUUGAGCUCACGCUUAAAGCUGAGCAGGAGGAGUAUGUACAAGAAGGCAUCCGGUGGACUCCUAUUGAAUACUUUAACAACAAGAUUGUCUGCGAUCUCAUUGAGAGCAAACUGAACCCCCCUGGCAUCAUGAGCAUCCUGGAUGACGUGUGUGCCACCAUGCACGCGGUGGGCGAGGGGGCAGACCAGACCAUGCUGCAGAAGCUGAGGGUGGCCAUCAACUCCCAUGAACACUUCAACAGCUGGAACCAAGGUUUCAUCAUCCACCACUACGCUGGCAAGGUGUCCUACGACGCAGAGGGCUUCUGUGAGAGGAACCGUGACGUCCUCUUCAGUGACCUCAUCGAGUUGAUGCAAAGCAGCGAAAUAGCUUUCAUCAGGGCCCUGUUUCCAGAUAACCUCAACGCCGAAAAGAAAGGCCGGCCGACGACAGCGGGCAGUAAAAUCAAGAAACAAGCGAAUGACCUGGUCCAGACGCUGAUGAAGUGCACCCCUCACUACAUCCGCUGCAUCAAACCCAACGAGACCAAGAAGCCCAAGGACUGGGAGGAGAGCCGGGUAAAGCACCAAGUGGAGUACCUGGGCCUGAAGGAGAACAUCAGGGUGAGGCGCGCUGGCUAUGCCUACCGCAGACUCUUCAGGAAGUUCCUCAACAGGUAUGCCAUCCUGACUAAGGAGUCGUGGCCUACAUGGCGUGGAGAUGAGAAGCAGGGUGUUCUUCAUCUCCUACGUGCAGUCAACAUGGACCAGGACCAGUUCCAGCUUGGAAGCACAAAGGUCUUCAUCAAAGCACCUGAGUCGCUCUUCCUGUUGGAGGAGACAAGGGAACGUAAGUUUGACAGCCAUGCCAGGGCCAUCCAGAAAGCCUGGCGCAAGUAUGUGGCCCGCAAGAAGUACGUUCAGAUGAGGGAGGAAGCCUCUGACCUGCUGGUGAACAGGAAGGAUCGGAGGAGACACAGCCUCAACAGGAACUUUGUAGGGGACUACCUGGGUAUGGACGACAGGCCUGAGCUACGACAGUUCCUGGCCAAGAGGGAAAAGAUUGACUUCGCUGACAAAGUCACAAAAUACGACCGUCGCUUCAAAGGCAUUAAGAGAGACUUGAUCCUGACCCCGAAGUGUAUGUACCUGAUUGGGAGAGAAAAGGUGAAGCAGGGCCCUGAGAAAGGUCAGGUGACCGAGGUACUGAAGAGGCGGAUUGAUGUGGAGAAGAUCCUGGCUGUGUCUCUCAGCACGAUGCAGGACGACCUGCUGAUUCUGCAUGAGCAGGAGUAUGACAGCCUGCUGGAGUGCACCUUUAAGACCGAGUUCAUCAGCCUGCUGGCCCGCAGGUUCGAGGAGAGGACCCAGAGGAAGCUGCCGCUCAAGUUUGGCACCACACUGGAGCUGAAGCUGAAGAAGGAGAACUGGGGUUUCCUGAGUGGAGGCGGCUCCAGACAGGUGAUGUUUGUCCAGGGCCAGGGGGACGUGGCUGUCACAAAGCCCUCCAGUAAGACGCUGCAGGUCAGCAUUGGAGCCGGUCUGCCCAAGAACACACGUCCCACCAAGAAGAGCUUCACUCAGAGUCGCUCCAGCGUGUCCAGAACCCAUCAGAACACUCCCACACGGGCUGCCCCUGGGCCUCCAGUUUCCCAUCAGAAUGGUGGUCCGAAAAACACCAACCACAUGGCCAAUCAGAGGAACACCUCACAGCAUUCCAAUCAGAGGCCUCCGUCAACAGGCAAUGGGUCCCGCCCCUUCCUGCCCAACAACGUCAUUCUGAAGGAGAGAGGCAGCAACCAUCCUAAGCCCAACCAGCCAAACCUGGACUGUCUGAAGGUCCCUGACCAGGGGGCGGCAGGUAACGGAGGCGCCUGGACAGCUUCGAAUGGAGGAAUUGUCCAAAGACAGUCGGUCAGUAGACCACCACCAGGAGGGGGGCGACCCAAACCUGCCCCCAAACCCAAGCCCCAGGUGCCCCAGUGCAAAGCCCUUUAUGCCUAUGAUGCUCAGGACACAGAUGAGCUCAGCUUCAAUGCAGACGACGUCAUCGACAUCAUCAAGGAAGAUGCUUCUGGCUGGUGGACGGGGAGGCUACGGGCAAAGCAAGGCCUGUUCCCCAACAACUACGUCAGCAAGAUCUAGGCGCUGCAUGAAUAACAGCUGACUGUCAAUCACCAGGAGAGAAGUACACACCUCUACUGACUGAAGGGAGGAGAUAGAGCUACCAAACAAAACAAAGAGAUUUUGUGAGAGAAGAGAGAAACCAACAUUUUUUUUCACCACUCCUGUAUUGUAGCCUUCUUCUGGAUGUAACUUCCUGUUAUUCUGGACAGACGAGUGUCAGGCUUGCAAUGAAGUUCUAUUUUUAUGAGGAUCUGAGGGCAAUACUUUAUUGUCCAGGGGCAAAUCGCUACACAAUCCCUGUGAGCACUGAACAAAUAUUUAUUGUAUUAAUAUAGCUUUCUACAUUCUCCCUCCCUAUCUUUUUCACUUCGCUAUGGUUAUAAGGUGAUAUUGUGGAUGCAUAUAAAUGAUAUGCAUGAUAUGUGGAACCAGGUUGUAAUUACAUUUUUCAUAUUUCUCAUUUUGGAAAUGAAAGGGUUUUAAAAUGAAUUCUGGGUUGUUUCCAAGAAGCCACUGUCUGUUCAAACAAUUAUCUGAAAGGGGAUUUGUGCUGCUAAGCUGAAUUUAGAUGUAUUGGCUAUAAAAAUAUGUUGACAAGACAUUUACAUAAAAUGGACAUUUUAAUAGUUCAUUGCACUGUGAUUUUAUAACUUCGGCAAUGCAUUUCACCAGAAAAACAAUGACCAAAUGGGUUUGAUAACCAAAUGCUCAAAACACUGCCAAUUGUUAUUGGUCAGCUAAACAAAUGCAAUCACUUGUGGGAAAAGGAAAUGCAGUGUAACUUUCAAUAGUUAAGUCUUCAGGAAUCCCCUGCUCUUAUUUCCAAAACGUGAGUGAUAUCCCUAGAACUCUUGGGCCACAGUGUACUGUACUCUGUGGUUUAUAAGCACUUUAUCAGUAGCUACAGGUAUUAACUUGGACAGACUGGUCACUUCUGCCACAGCUAGUAAUUCUUGGAUAUUUUGAAAGGUUGCAAACUAGAGAUGGGCCUAGUUACUGGAGGAUACUUUGUUUACAUAAGAGCUACAAUUCUAGGUAUACUGUAUGUACAUCUUGACAUUUAGGAAUUAUGUCAAUACUGUGUUAAAUUUCACUUAAUUUAAAUUUUAUUUUCUCAAUUCUGCUUUUAUUACAUUUUAUGUAGAUUUUAGUUCACAGUAUGGGUCAUUAGACGGAGUUUGUUCUUUCAGGUGAAAGCAAAGAAUUCCAUUGACCUCGUUUUCUUGCUGGUUUCCACAGCUUUCGAAUUCUCCAUUUAUGAAAAUCAUUAAGGGCUGGUUUCAAUCCAUAUCAUGGAAGUAGCUUGGAAGAGCCGUGUUAAAAAUAUAAUUUCCGAUUGAAGCGUUUACCGUGAAUGUAGUCUAAUUGCGCUGCAGCAGAUCUUCAGCACUAUGGAUUGAAUAGAGCCCUAAUAUAUUUUUUUACAGGCAUAGUUGUGGUCCUGUAUGGUGGAAAAUACAAUUGUGCAUUAUGGCAAAUGAGUCUUUAAACAUGUACUAAUGUAGUUACUGUGCUUAUGUAAUUAAAGACGUUAGUGAUUUUUGCGUAAAGGCUCAACCCGGCCUCUUCCUCAUCCUGCCCUAGCUGGACAGGAAAUACUACUUCCCCAUAGCUUGGUCCUAGAUGUUUGUAGCUUUACCAGUUGGUCAAUAAGCGUUGGCGAGAGUACAUGUUAACUGCAACAUCCCAGGGCAGCUUGAUGAAAGGUGCAGCUGUUGGUUCAGGAACACAGGGCUGUAAAACCCUACAGUAUAGUCAAUAAACUUUACCAUAAUUACUGUAUUUCAUUUAGAGGGAAAGUUACAUGUCUUAAUGAAAUGGCUGGCCCAUAACGUUAUUGUAGCACAACUAUUAGUUGUUUAUGAAAUGCAUUAUACUCCUGUUCACAUUUGGAGUGUUAAUAAUUUGACUACAGGUGGUGUUUCACUCUUUGAUACUCCAUUAAGAAUAAAAUUUAAACUAGG